GAUACAUCAUCACGUGUGCUAUCGUUCGUUCGUUCGUUCGUUCAUUUGUUGUUGCGCGGGAGGAGGCUGCGCUAUCAUCCCUGUGUUUAGUGUGUGUCGCGUGUGGGGAUCGCGGAUCCCACCGACCGGCGGCAGGAGCUCUCUUCACGCUUCACUCAUCGUGCUCCUUCUCCUCUUUCUUUCUCAUCAUCGUCUCUCUCUCUCUCUCUCUCUUUCUCUCGCUGUAAAGUCGUCCUUCGAGUCGGACAGCCGACGAAACGCGCGCAUUCGGCCAGCUGGCGCAUAAGAAUUUUGUCUCGAGCCUCGUCUCUCUCUCUCUCUCUCUCUCUCUCUCGACAUUGUCAGUCCGUCCGUCCGCGCCCGUCGUUUCCUACUUCGCGCUCCUUUCCACCCUCCUGCCGUCCACCUGCCAGCCGGCGUGGCGCGCAUGCUUCGUUUAAAGGGAUGUAUCGAUAUUGAACGUCAGCUCGGCGAGUCUCCUCGAGCGCGAACGCGGAUUCUCGCGCGCCGCAACGACCGCUCGUCGUUGAGCGCAUGUGAAACGCAUGUGAAUCUCAAUCCCGUACGGUCUCAUUGAUGAGAGAUCACGGACCGUGGGGACUGAUCUUGCACCGACGAUCGUCAGAGACACGCACGCGCGGUGCUGCUACUAAUUGGAUCCUCCGGCGGGAUCUAAUCGGUAGAGAAGACGCUUUCGAUGCUCAGGCCGAUCGGAGCCGGUGCUUCGUGGCCCAGCGAACGACUCUCUUCUUGACGACAAUUCUCUCGGAGAAGCCGUCUUCCCCGACAACGACGACGACGACGACGACGACGACGACGACGACGACGACGACAAUUCUCUUCCGGUCCUCGCGAGCCUUUCUCUUCCGUCUUCUGCUCCUCCUUCGCGGCCCGCACGCGCGGUCUCCGCGGGAUGCGCGCGAUCAGCGGUCGCCCGACCUGCAACGGCCGCCCGAUUGAAUGAAGCGCGAGCCCCUAGCGCCGCUGAUUGUACGCGCGAUGCGUACCGUCGAGAACAGCACCGGCAGCACGGAAGCGACCGGCGCCGCAGCGCACCACCAUCACCAGCAGCAGCACCACCAUCAUCAUCACCACCACCAUCAUCACCACCGCGGCCCCGCCGACGUCGUUGCCGUCGCCACCGCUACCGCCACCGCCACCGCCGCCGCCGCCGCCGCCACCGCCACCCGCCACCUGGGCGUCGUCCCUGGCGAGCAGCAGCAGGAUCGCGAGCGCUCGGCCGCGGCGAUCCACCUGGUGGCCACCGCAACCCCCUACCACCAGGUCACCAUCGCCGCGGACACCAACAACAAUCACGAUCAUCACCGGAAUCUCGAGCACCACGGCCCGGCGCAACGCCACGAUCAUUGGAACAAGUGGCAACUGCAUUCGCCGAACGGCGACAGCGACAACAGCAACGGUAGCCAGCGUGCGGUGGCUGUUACUCGCAGCGAGGUAGAGCAACAGCAACAGCAACAGCAGCAACAACAGCAGCAGCAACAGCAGCAGCAACAGCCGCAUCGCCAACGGCAGCAACGUCAGGCGACAGCUACCGUUCCGGUUCUCGCCUGCACCAAUCAAUCGUCCAUCACCACGACCACGACCGCCUUCACGGUGGCAUCAAGCAUGCUUCUCUUGCAGACGCAGAGUCCGUUCGGAUGUAGCAGUUUUGCGGAUCUGCUGAGCGCUCCUUACACAGAUCCUGCGGAUGCCGGGAGCCUGUCCGAGGAACUGGAUCCUUUCCCGGAACUGCAGCUCGGUAAUCCGCAAGGCGUGCCUACGGUCGACGAAUCUGCUCAGUCUCAGCAAAGUGUGCAUCACCAGCAACCGCCGCAGCCACCACCACCACCACCACCCCUUCCGGAGGACGUUCAAGCUGACUCCCUUAGUCCUACACCCCUGCCGAGCUUCCAGGAGACCUACACGGUGCAGCGAUACACCAGACAGGAACUCCAGGGCCUCGGCAUCAAGAUGGACGAGGAAUGCUACGACAACCCGGUGUACUCGUGCGCCACUCACUACCCGACCGACUUCACGGCCGCGGUGUCCUACCACGAGCACCACGGCCAACAGCAACCGCAGCAGCAACACCACCACCACCACUCGCAGCAGCACCAUCAGCAACAGCAGCAGGCCCCGCACCACCACCAGAGCUACUUCUCCGCAGAAACGGCGCCGGCUGCGGCUACGGCGGUCGCUCCGCCCUCGAAUCACCGACAGGAGUCAUCCUAUGGGGUCGCUGUGACCAUGCCAAUGGUUUACGGAGCGCCCACGGCCAUUGCGAACGUCGCCGCUCCCGUGGCCGCUCCCACCGAUCUCUGUCCCAACGUCGACACCGUCGUAGUCGGCACCGCUCGAUCGCGAAGGGCGUCAUUGCCCACUCAAAGGUCAGAGUCGGCAAGUAGUGGGAGCACAGAGUCCCCGAAGCCACGCGGCAGCGGCAGCGGCGGCACCGCGAGUUCCGUUAGUUCGCCGUCGCCCGGAAGCGGCACCAGUGGUGGCGAACGCGCGCCCCCGAGUCCGAGCCAGCUCUGUGCCGUCUGCGGCGACACCGCGGCCUGCCAGCACUACGGCGUGCGCACGUGCGAGGGCUGCAAGGGCUUCUUCAAGAGGACCGUGCAGAAGGGCUCCAAGUAUGUGUGCUUAGCCGAGAAGGCUUGCCCGGUGGACAAGCGCCGGCGAAACCGUUGCCAGUUCUGCCGGUUCCAGAAGUGCCUGGUGGUCGGCAUGGUCAAGGAGGUCGUUAGGACAGAUUCUCUGAAGGGCCGGCGAGGUAGGCUGCCCUCGAAGCCCAAAUCCCCGCAAGAAUCCCCGCCGAGUCCGCCGGUUUCCUUGAUCACCGCUCUGGUGCGCGCACAUCUCGACACAACUCCCGACAAGGCGAGCCUCGACUACUCGCAGUAUCGGCAACCGAGACCAGGUGAUCCCCCGAUCACCGAGGCUGAGAAGAUCCAGCAGUUCUACAAUUUGUUGACGACUUCGAUCGACGUCAUCCGGAACUUUGCCGACAAAAUCCCCGGUUUCACGGAUCUAGUGCGGGAAGAUCAGGAACUGCUGUUCCAGUCGGCCAGUCUGGAGCUGUUCGUGCUGAGGCUGGCGUACCGCACGAAUCCGGACGACACGAAGCUGGUGUUCUGCAACGGCGUCGUCCUCGCGCUCGAGCAAUGUCAGCGCAGUUUCGGCGACUGGCUGCACAGCAUCCUCGACUUCUGCAAGGCCCUUCACUUCUUGGAGGUCGACAUCAGCGCCUUCGCCUGCCUGUGCGCCCUCACCCUCGUCACCGAGAGGUACGGGCUGAAGGAGCCGCAGCGCAUGGAGCAGCUGCAGAUGAAGAUCAUCUCGUCCCUGCGCGACCACGUGACUUACAACGCCGAAGCGCAGAGAAAGUCGCAGUACCUGUCCUACCUAUUGGGGAAGCUACCGGAGCUGAGGAGUCUCUCGGUCCAGGGCCUCCAGCGGAUCUUCUACCUGAAGCUGGAGGACCUGGUGCCGGCGCCGCCUCUGAUCGAGACGAUGUUCGUCGGUAGCUUGCCCUUCUAAUCGCCCUCCGAGCCGAGGCCUCCUACGGCUUGCCAGCACAUAGAACAAUUACUUAUCUUCAAGACCCGCGCGGUUGCGUUAUCUUUCUCCUGAUUGCAUCCUUUUUUUAGUUCGUACACACGUAGCUUUACUCUCCUCUUACAUGUAAGACACCUCCUGCGGACGCGUGGAGUUACGCUCGGACCUCGACGACGCCCCGGCGACAGCUUUCACUCCGCUUCCGAGAAGCACCUUGAGGGUCUUAUUGAAUAGGACGAGAAAAAAAGAGAGAGAGAAAGAGAGAGAGAGAGAGAGAGAGGAGAGAGGAAAGAAUGAAUCAUGGAACUGGUCGAAUGGGCGCGGACGGAGGUCAUCGGCGCAAAUUCCACGUGAACGCUAAUUUUAAGGGAAAGUUUAUUGUACGUACGUAUGAGUGAGAAGGGGUGAACGAGCAAUUGGGCGAGCGAGCGAAUGCGUGUACAUGCGAAUGAGCGUGUGCGUGUGGUUAGGAUAUAUUAUGCGCGAAUGCGGGUGCAGAAGAACGCCUGAACGCAGGUCUCUGCACCCGCGCGACGUGGUGGAUGUCACACGUCGCCCGCUGUUGCUACUAGUAGUAAGUGCACCAUCGCUACUACUAUCAUCGCUGCUACUGCUGCUGCUGUCGCCGUCGCCGGCGCUGCUGCUACCAUCGUCCCAUCAAGGACCGUCGCUGGUUACCGCGAGUGAUGCGACGCGCGGUAGCGGCUCCGGCGGCGGACUCGCGCGGUGCAGCGCGGUCGCGGUGAUAUCGCGAGCGGAAGCGGGCGCGGGCGGAAAACGGGAGGUACGAGCGAGCGAGCCAGCCGUGGACGGCGUAUCGUGGCGUUUCGCUCUAUUUUUUCUUCUAGCUGUAGAUUUCGUGCGGACUCGGGUGGACAGGAAGGAGGGGCUCCUCUCGUGGGCCCACCGCGCGAGGAACGCGGAUUUUUCUCACUUUUCUACCUAGUUUGUACGAGGCUCUCCGCGUGUGGGCGCACACGCGCUCGCACGCACGCACGCACGCACGCACGCACGCAUGCAUGCAUACGCUCGCACGCACUCACGUACGCACGUAAACGCGCUCGCUCACUCGCUCGCUUGCUCGGCCGACGCGCGUGACCCGCCACUUCUCAAUCACGUGUAUUACCUUCGGCAAUACCUUGCCCAUCGCGAGGAAACGCAUUGGCGAUCCGCAACAUAUCAGAGCAACGGCUGGGAGGGUGCGACCGACGACUCUUGUUCGUCUCAUCGGCUCUCCCGUCUUGACAGUAGACACGUAGGAUGUGACUAUAUUCGGUCGCGCUCACACGACAACGUCGGACGACGAUGCCGAGUGCGGAGACGCAUGCCGAGGGAUGUACGUCGUCGGUGGCGCUUAGUCUCGUCUGAGGCUCGCGCCUGUCUGAAACCCGCGCGUUUACGCGUCCCUCGCCGCGAUAUUCAUUCUCUGCUUAUUCUUCUCGUUCAGAUCGUGAUUACGUCACUCGCGUGUCCUUUGGAUCUUCAAGUCGAGCCGACAUUCGCGAGGGCGACGAAACAUAUUCGCGCCGAUGGGGACUGGAAUACGAACGGGAGAGCCGCGAGUUAACGCGCUCUUCGAAGGCGCUGUAGUAUACGCGGCUCGUGCAGUAUGCAUCCUUAGGGCGUCUCCAUUUGCUGAUGAAAAAUAAGUUGGGAGAGGCGCCUUUACUUUCUUAUGAGCUAAAAAUGAGACUGUAGAGAAGUCGGAAGAGCUGCUCUACUAGAUGUAUAUUUUAAUCGUAGUAUUUUUAUAGACACUUUUUACACAUCUUACACACACACUCACACUCUCUCUCUCUCUCUCUCUCUCUCUCUCUCUCUCUCUCUCUCUCAUCGAUCGUUGACCGGUUUAUCGAGAAAUUAGUAAUUUUACUUUCGAGCCCGCAAUUCGCACACGUAACUCCUUCCCCUUUGGCAUUAUCGUGCCCGCGAAACUCACUCGGCAUCAUCGUCAACGUCGCUGGAGCGUCGCGCCCGAGGCGCGAUGGUCGAUGUCGAGAUCGACUCUUUACCACUACUCUUGCGUUUAAUGUGAUUUUAGAGAGCUAAGGCGAACAACACGGGUCCGCCUCGUCCGAGGGCCGGGAAGAAAGAGAGAGCGUCUUGCGCGACGGCGAGGCGGGUCCGGCUUAAAGUUACCUAUUACGUUAUGACAUUUACUUUUAAUCAAACUAACGUAGAGUGUCCUAUUUAUAUACGUAUAUAACGCGCCGCUACUACUACUUAACUAUUACAACUACUACUUUACUAUAUCGUUACUUAUUACUACUCAUUGAUAGCGUUACUACUCUAUGACGUUACUACCACUACUACCACUGUUACCAGCGCUACCUUUACUACCACCUUGUGUUACCAUUGUCUCGCUACAGUAAGCUUCGUCGUCGCUGUCGUCGUCGUCGUCGUCGUCGCCGUCGCCGUCGCCGUCGUCGCCGUCGCCGUCGUCGCCGUCGUCGUAGCCACCGUCGUCGUCGUCAUUGUUGUCAUCGUUAAAACGCCCUUCAUUGUACCCUCAGUGCCCUUCGAGCGACGCCUUCGACAGACGACAGAGGAUGCUGGUCGGAUCUCUUCAAGCGAGCGUCUUCGCCGGUGAAAUCACCGCAGUCGACACGCAUCUCUGUUUUCAGUGUAUAUCUCGAUAUUUUAUCCACGUUCAAAUACCGUAAAAGUAUCGUAAGGUAAGAUCGCAUCGCCGACGAUAGCUUUGCAUCACAGUGAAAAGAGACCCUGCGAUUAAUUACUUAAGUUUCGGAUUUCAAUGUGGCAGCUCUGAAACAUCCUUUCUCUCGCUCAGUCUCUUUUAGCUUGAUCCUUUAAGUUCUCGGGCAAGAACGUUUCUCUGUUUCUCUUUCUCUCUCAGCUUACCGCGACGUACGAGUACAGUUUCAUUGUUUGGCCCGACUAAUUACGCUGCAAAAUCAUUCCUGGUAACGAUCCGGAAUCGACAUACUAAAGUUCAAGUUUAUUUCAUUAAAAUCCAAUGUACAAAACGCACUGUACCGAGAGGAGCAAUGCGAUUUAGAAAGAUAAUCUUUCGCGUUAACGUUCAUAUAGUUACUUCCUCUUGUUUAUCUUCCCAGACUUCGUUGAAGUCAUUCGCGUCGAGAGGAGAACAAUGAAAUCUCUUUCUGUGUUCGGUGCAAAGUUACCUCUACCAGUGCAAUCUUACAAUAACCACCGCCGCUAUCGCAACGCGAUCCGUAACUCGACAGAUCAGGCAUUGUCCUCACGCCGUGAUCCACAUAUAGGCACACAAAUACGUACACACACACACACACAGAUAAACAAAUACGCAACAAACAAACAAACAAACAAACACACAGAAAUCACAUUAAUUACCUAUACGUGCACAAUAGUUACGAUAAUUACGUGUGUAUAUGUUAAUCUAAAGCCGUGGUACAUCCGCAAACGUACGACGCCCCCUCGCGCAUUCAACGGAAUCGACACUCGGAUCGAUUCCGUCCUUCGUCAGCGGUUCUCCGUUUCAUGGUGAUUCGUUGAAUUAACGUUUCUCUUGUGUAUUUCGUUUAAGCGAUGUUACGUAGCGAAGUUACAUGGAGGGAGGUUCGCGGCCGCGCGCUCAGUCUCGUCGCUGGAAGCGGAAGUCGUUCCUGUUUCAGGACUCUGAGCGCGACCGCCCCGAUUCCUUCGAGAGCCAUCGCGCGACACUUUGAGAAUUAUUCUAGUUAUUGACGUAGAAAAAAGAAAAUUAAUGCUUUGCGGCCUGGAAAAUUUAGAUAUCGCUCCCCGCGCCAAGAUAAGUCCACAGCUGAACGUAAUUAAUUUGACGAAUCGAGGAAAGUUCCCUUUUACGCAAAUCCGGAGGAACAAAGUACGUUCGACCGUAUGCGCGAUGACGCUUGAUUGUAAACCUUGAGUGUAAACACGUGAAGCAACAUUGGCCGCGAAGGAUUAACCAGUAAUUGUGCUAUUACUACGUGUUAAUAAUUAUUACAAAUAAUUGUUACAAAGAAGCGGCGUUCCGGACCUCGCCAUGGCCACCGCGCCGACACCUUCGCAACGGAACGAGAUUUUUCUUGCCUCAAUAUCCGCUCGUUCUUAUAAUCCAAGAAAGUCACAGAAUAUUAUAGAUUCGCGGCACAUAUAUGAUAUAUAUAUAUAUAUAUAUAUAUAUAUAUGAUUUGUCAAUAUAUGUUAUGAGAGGAAGACGCUAUUCCGAAGACAGUUUUUAACGCUUCGCAGAGCAGCAUUACGAAAAAAACAUCUUCCGACGCGUGACAUAUCCAGCGUGACGCAGCUUAUCACACAUGGCGAGCGCAACGGACGGUCGCUGUUAUAGUGGCCGAUAUCAGCGCGAUAUCUUUUGCAACAUUGUGCGCAUUAACGUCGCGCGCGUGUAAGCACACGCGAUAACGGCUUAAUUUUAAUCCCAAUCUACUUAAUGUUGCAAUUACGAGGGGGCGCGACAAAAUCCCGUUUCUCACGAGCGAAACUCACCGAUAUCGCCGUGAAAAAAAUCUCAAACGCACGACGGACGACGCGUUAGAUUCCUCUCUCCUCCCCCCUCUCACCGCCCCACCGUGAAAAGCGAGAGCGAAGGAAAAGGAAAACCCGGCGCGUCUCUGAGAACGUUUCUCACCGUGUAUGCCGGUUACUACUCACUAAACGCGCCAACGUUUGCGGAUGGAUACGCGUGCAAGUGUUCAAAAAGACAAAAUGCCCGGUAAGAAUGCAAGGUAAACAGGAUCCGAGGGUGCAGAGGCUGGGCGACCCUUGCGAUCGAAAUUAGGAUAACACGGGCAAAAGCGUCGGCUCCGUUUCUCUGUUCGAGGAUCGUGCGCGAGAGAUAUAAACAUUCGGAAGCGUUUGUUUGUGUGUUCUCGCCGGGGGAAAGCCGUUUCGCGCCGCGAAGCCGAUAGCAAUAAGGGUAGGGAAGUUCUUAUUAAAAAAAUGACAAAUCGGUACCCGUGCCUCGCCAGGAUAUUUUGUAAGGACAGAAAGACGGAGGCACACAGUUUUUACGAAUUCGUCGAGGGUGUUUAAAGGUAUAUACGAAAAGGCAAAGACUAGAGUCGUUUGACGUACCGACGUCAAAGUCCGCUGGUGAAUCUGUAGGAUUUCUAAAAAAGCCUUUAGGAUUUCUAAAAAUGAAUACCUCUUAAGAAUACGCGAAGUCUCUCAGCAUAAUUUUACGAGAGAUCGUUACAAAUAUUUCUCUAGGCAUAUAGAGGGAAGACUCGUUAAGGCUCGAGCCUGAGAUAUUCGCGAAAUCGCAGUUUCUCGGUAAAUAUAAAUAUUUUUCUCCGUCCUCCACGCGCGCGAAGACAAGUAUAAUCAAUAAUGGACCAGUUGAGCGAGUUGAGAGAGGAAUCUGAUUAAGAUGACAAUGAGAGGUGAAAUUGAGAUGAAAAUACUAAUUUUGAUAAUUGCGAUAAAGAUAAUAAUUUUGUAUCGACUGUAGAACGAGAGAUCUCGAAGAGCGCGCAUUGGUACCGAUCUGUCGCGAUAUAUAUAUAUAUAUAUAUAUAUAUAUAUAAAAACAAACGAGACGUAUAAAUCGUUUUUCAUAUUUGUAAGAAAUGCUCCGACGCGAUCGGAAUUCUCGAGGACGAGCGCGCUUCGCUCGAGAUAUAUUCGCCUUACCUUCUUCUCAUAUCAAGUUUCAUCUUUUGACGGGAUCCUCGAACACAGGGGAUCGACUAUUUCGUCCGUGCGAAUAAAGUGUUGAGUCCAGUGGAGAUUUCGGGAGAGGAGUUAUCAUCGGUCAGAUGAGGAUCGAGAUCGAGAAUUCGAGAUUUCGCAGAGGGCUCAACUAGAGAACGAGGAAACCCCAAGUUUUCCACCCUCCAUCAGGCGGAGGGUGGAACGGAUUCGAGGCGACGUGUGUUUUUGUUCCUACGCAUACAUAUAUAUAACUAUGUAUAAAUAUAUAUAUAUAUAUAUUUUUUUUUUUUUCUCUCAACGAGAGUCCGCGCGAAAAUGAGCGCGAGACUGAUGUGUCUUCCGCUCCUGAUCGCGAAAAAAUCGUCCCUGGACCCAGCGCUGCGGUGAAUUAUUUUUUACGAGAAAUUGUCAUAGCGAGAAGGGAGAACAGGCGAGAAAGAGAAAGAGGAGGAUAUACGCGAGGAGCAGGAGGAAGGGCAGGAUCGUUCGGGCAUGAUUAUAGCGGAAGUGGUGUCGCUGUCUCGCGACAAAACGAACGAGAUUGUCCUGACAUUGUUGUUUAACCGAUUAUCUGUCAUUGCUGUAACGAAAUAACAGUCAAUUCCGUUAGGUGUAAAUUCCCCUUUCCCCGUUUCAUCGAUGUAUACAAUAAAUGUUCGAUCAACAGAUUUAUUUAAUUCUCUCCGAAGUUUUGUUAAUAAAUUAUUUCUCGAUCGACACACACAGACACACACAUUGCAACUUGAGUUCAUUCGAGGGCAAUUUAUCGCCGGCUAGCGAAGCGGCGUGCGUUCGUGUGCACAUAGAGUGUCCCGUGUCCGUGAAAAUUAUAUGGAAACUGUCGAUUCUUCGUCAAAGAGGUAAUCACGAAAAGAAGAAGAAAGAAAGAAAAAGAAAACCAUUCACAUAAGUCACACGAUGCGCUGUAUUCAUUUCCGAAGUCUUUUCAAUUUUCCGGUCAAUAGUUCGCGAUUGAUGAUUUCCGACUCUGACGGAGUUCCUCUCGCACGCACACAUACACAGAGAUUAUUAAUUAUUAAAUCUUCUUCCUCUUUCAAGUACAGCUGUUUGUCUCGGUGUUAUUUCUAACAGCACAAAUGCUCGACACACGUUAACAUUUACAUGUCAGAUAAAUAUAGUUUGCUUUCAUCUUUAGCGUCGAAGGAAAGCGUUUCCCGUCGGAAUCAGAAUUGCCUUCCAGAGUUACCUUCGUUCUCGAGAACGAAAUAGUUGAGACGCAUGAACAAGUAAAACAUUCGGUUCGUAUUUUUUUCUCUUUCUGUAAAUUUCAGCCGCGAGCAUAAUCUUCGGAACCCGAUACGCGGUGUGCAAUAUAAAUUAGUUAAUUGGUUCGCAAUAAAUAUCGCAUUUCGAUAAAUCCGACAGAUUUAUUUGCACGCGCGUUUCGAGAUAUUAGAUCCUCUUCGCGAUUACGAAAGGCUUUAUUUCCCAAUUAAUUUUCAACGAACCACUCUGUCGUACGAACGUUCGCACGCUCGGCCAAAAGCUCGCGU